CGACCGGCAAUUCGUGGAGCAAGGCGCACAUUUUCGAUCAGGAACCGCCGUCAUGCACGCGUCUUUGGCGCGGCAUUGCCGCACGCACCGUCACCACGUCACCGCGAUUAUGGGGCGACAAGGAGUUCCAUGUAUGUUGAUGUCCACGCAGAUCCCUCCACCAAGUCCUCGCUCUGGCAUUUUCAACACGAACUUUGACGUGACUCAACCGAAGCACCAAGAACGCAUGGAGAGGUGGAAGUGGGUGCUCGACCUUCUCGGGUACUACAAUGAAGACGCACGCAUCAGCAGCAACUCUGCAUUAUUGUACCACAGCUGUGUCAACCAAGCCGCGCACCCGUCAUUCUACCGUGCGCUAGACCUCCCGACGGAUUUUCGUUCCCAGCAAGCCUUGCUGAUGGUACACGUGUGGAUCGUCCAUCGCCGACUUAUCUCGGUCAAGUCCUCGGGCAAGGACGAUCCUGGCAAGGUUCUGCAGGAAGCGUUGUUCGAUCGACUGUGGGAGGACACCGUGUUCCGCAUUCGGCACCAAAACGUGUCAGAGUUGACUGUGAACAAGCACUUGGGAGAAGUCCAACAGCGCUGCUUCGGCCAGUGUGUUGCAUUCGAUCAGCACUACAACGCGGCUGGUUCCAAGACUGCCCUCAACGACGCCGUUUCACGCCACGUCCUCAAUGUGGAACCGCAUGCCAAGCCCAAGCAGGCAGCGCUCUUGGCGACGUAUAUCCAGCGCGAGCUCAAACAUGUCCAAAAGGCGAGAAUGGAGGAACUCGAAUCCGGUGCCGUGCCUUGGGGCCCUCCGCUUGCAGCCAGCACACGCACGGACGCGACAGUGCCACAGGAUGACUACGACUUCGACUUGAUCGGGCAACAAUACGGCGAUUGGCGUAGCGCGUUGGACAUCCGAGGCAAGAAGUAUUUCUGGAACAGCAUCACACGGAUGUCGGCGUGGGAGAAGCCCCAGAAAGCAGGGCACUAGAUCGUUCAGCCUACCUCGUUAAACUCCAUGUAUCCACGAUGGUUGUCACUUCCACACUGUUUCGCCGCCCAUCCAUGAGCUUUGAGUAGUCGACCCUUCAUCAUAUCCAUGCAUAUUCAUCGUCAUUCCGCGUGUCUUUGAGAGGCAUCUUCAGGCGCUUCCUCCAUCCCUCAAGAGUUGCAUAAUAUUGCGUGCGCUUGAAGCCAGGACGAUGUAGUCUGUUCGCCUCCGCGGGAUUCUCGUACAUCACGUCCGCGGAGACGACCUCAUGCUGAUCCACGCACUUGGGGACCUGUCCUUGCUUGGCGGUAAAUACAGGUGCGGCGCCUCGAGAACGAGCUUCCCGCGCCGCGUCGGCAACCGCGGC